AACCGGGAAACACAUUAUUUCGUCCCGAUUCCUCAGAGUCCUAAAAGGACCUGAAGAAAACUUCACAGUACAAAAAAAAAAAGAAAAAAUACGAGAGAAACGGAAACCAAUUCCCACACAAAAACCCUAAUAAUUUCUCAGAUUCUCUCAAUUUUCAUUUCUCAUCAUUUCUGAUAUAAAUUUUAACAAUAAUCUGUAAGGUAGGCAGCUACACAGGGAAGGAUUUAGGGUUUUUCUUACUCAUUAUUAUUAUUAGCAAACGCCAUGAGUCCCAUUCAGAACUUCGAGCAGCACUCGAGGCAUCUAGUCGACCCCGAGCUUCCUAUUCAGACGAGAUUGCAGAUGGCUAUGGAAGUGAGGGACAGUCUUGAGAUUGCUCACACUGCUGAGUACUUGAAUUUUUUAAAGUGUUACUUUCGAGCAUUUUCGGUGAUUCUAUUGCAAAUUACUAAGCCGCAGUUUGUUGAUAAUCCUGAACAUAAACUUAGAAAUGUUGUUGUGGAGAUACUUAAUCGUCUUCCACACAGUGAAGUUCUUAGGCCUUUUGUUCAGGAACUAUUAAAGGUUGCUUUACAAGUCCUCACCACUGAUAAUGAAGAAAAUGCUUUAAUAUCUGUUCGCAUAAUCUUUGACUUGCUUAGGAACUUUAGACCCACUUUGGAAGCUGAAGUUCAGCCGUUCUUGGACUUUGUUUGUAAGAUUUAUCAGAACUUUAAAUCGACUGUGAGCCAUUUUUUUGAUAAUGUGGCUGUUGUUGGGGAAGAUAUUAAGCCUAUGGAUACUUCAUCUUCAGACUUAUCGAUUCCUAGUAGUGGGUAUUCUGGUUCUGGGCAGCUCAAUCCAAGUAGUCGUUCUUUCAAGAUAAUUACAGAGAGUCCUUUAGUGGUCUUGUUUCUUUUUCAGUUGUAUAGUAGGCUUGUACAGACCAAUAUUCCUCACUUACUUCCUUUAAUGGUAGCUGCUAUAUCUGUUCCUGGUCCUGAAAAGGUUCCUUCUCAUUUGAAGACUCAUUUCGUUGAUCUAAAGGGUGCACAAGUUAAGACAGUUUCUUUUUUGACGUAUCUGUUAAAGGGAUUUGCUGAUUAUAUAAGGCCUCAUGAAGAAAGCAUUUGUAAGAGCAUUGUGAAUCUUCUAGUUACAUGCUCAGACUCUGUCUCAAUUAGAAAGGAACUGUUAGUAGCAUUAAAACAUGUUCUUGGAACUGAUUGCAAGAGGGGUUUAUUUCCUUUGAUAGACACACUUUUGGAAGAGAGAGUUCUAGUUGGAACUGGGAGAGCCUGCUUUGAGACAUUGCGGCCUCUGGCUUAUAGUUUACUAGCAGAAAUUGUUCAUCACGUUCGUGGGGAUCUUUCCCUGUCACAGUUGUCGCGGAUUAUAUACUUGUUUUCAAGUAACAUGCAUGACGCUUCAUUGUCUCUCAGCAUUCAUACUACUUGUGCACGGUUGAUGUUGAAUUUGGUGGAGCCGAUUUUUGAGAAAGGCGUUGACCAGCCAUCCAUGGAUGAAGCACGAAUUCUAUUGGGGCGUAUUUUGGAUGCUUUUGUGGGGAAAUUCAGUACUUUUAAGCGAACAAUUCCUCAGCUGUUGGAAGAGGGUGAGGAUGGAAAGGAUCGUGUUACCUUAAAGGCAAAGCUCGAGCUUCCAGUGCAGGCAGUUUUGAAUGUGCAGGUCCCUGUGGAACACUCUAAGGAAGUGAACGAUUGUAAGCAUCUCAUAAAGACAUUAGUCAUGGGAAUGAAGACUAUCAUAUGGAGCAUCACACAUGCACACUUGCCCAGGGCACAGGUUUCUCCUUUCGUGCAUGGAACACAACAACAGGGGCUUGUUUCUCCAGCUAAUUUGCAGGCGCCUCAAGCCUUCAAAGGGAUGAGAGAAGAUGAGGUCUUGAAGGCCUCGGGGGUUUUAAAAAGUGGUGUACAUUGCUUGGCUCUCUUCAAAGAGAAGGAUGAGGAGAAGGAUAUGCUUAAUCUCUUUUCCCAAAUUUUGGUUAUUAUGGAGCCCCGAGAUUUGAUGGACAUGCUUUCUUUGUGUAUGCCUGAGCUGUUUGACUGUAUGAUUUGCAACACUCAAUUGGUUCACAUAUUUUCUACCCUUUUGCAAGCUCCUAAAGUUUACAGGCCAUUCGCAGAUGUUUUGGUUAAUUUUCUUGUAAGCAGCAAACUUGAUGUUUUGAAAAAUCCAGAUUCUCCGGCAGCAAAACUAGUUUUGCAUCUUUUUCGCUUUAUAUUUGGUGCAGUUUCCAAAGCACCUCCAGAUCUUGAACGAAUUUUGCAGCCUCAUGUACCUGUAAUUAUGGAAGUUUGUAUGAAAAAUGCUACUGAAGUUGAAAAGCCUCUAGGUUAUAUCCAGCUUCUUCGAUUGAUGUUCCGAGCGCUUGCUGGUUGCAAAUUUGAACUUCUACUACGGGACUUGAUACCCAUGUUACAACCUUGUCUUAAUAUGCUCUUGACUAUGCUUGAGGGUCCAACAGGAGAGGACAUGAGGGAUCUAUUGCUGGAGUUGUGUUUAACCUUGCCUGCACGUUUAAGUUCAUUGUUACCUCACCUUCCCCGUCUUAUGAAGCCUCUUGUUUUGUGUCUUAAGGGAAGUGAUGAACUUGUGAGCUUAGGUUUAAGAACACUCGAGUUUUGGGUUGACAGUCUAAACCCUGAUUUCCUUGAACCAAGUAUGGCCAGUGUUAUGUCUGAGGUGAUUUUAGCCCUGUGGUCACACUUGAGACCUGCCCCCUACCCUUGGGGUGCAAAAGCUUUGCAACUUCUUGGAAAAUUGGGUGGUCGUAAUAGACGAUUUCUUCGAGAGCCCCUUGCUCUUGAGUGCAAGGACAAUCCAGAGCAUGGACUACGUGUGAUCCUUACAUUUGAGCCCUCAACUCCAUUUUUGGUUCCACUCGAUCGAUGUAUCAACCUUGCAGUAGCAGUUGUUAUGAACAAACAUAAUGGAACUGAUGCUUUCUAUCGAAAACAGGCUCUAAAGUUCCUACGUGUGUGUUUAUCGUCUCAGCUUAAUUUGCCUGAAAAAGUAAAGGAUGAGGGAUACACACCGAGCCAGUUGUCAACGAUGUUAGUUUCCACUGUUGAUUCCUCUUGGAGAAGGUCUGACACCUUAGAUAUAAAGGCUGAUUUAGGUGUAAAGACGAAGACCCAACUUAUUGCUGAAAAAUCUGUGUUUAAGAUUCUCUUAAUGACCAUUAUUGCUGCCAGUGCUGAACCAGAUUUGCUUGAACCCAAGGAUGAUUUUGUAGCCAAUGUAUGUCGCCAUUUCGCAAUGAUUUUUCAUGUUGAUUCUUCAAGUACUACUUCAGCUGUUAAUUCUGCACUUGGAGGUCCUAUGCUUGCAUCCAAUGUUAAUGCUGCUAGCUCACGGACAAAGAAUAGUAAUUCUUCAAACCUCAAAGAGUUAGAUCCUCUAAUAUUUUUAGAUGCUUUAGUUGAUGUGCUAGCUGAUGAAAAUAGGGUCCACGCAAAGGCUGCUCUUAAUGCUUUAAAUGUGUUUGCUGAAACACUUCUUUUACUUGCUCGCACAAAGCAUGCUGAUGUGUUGAUGUCAAGAGGCCCUGGUACUCCCAUGAUUGUUUCCAGUCCUUCAAUGAAUCCUGUAUAUUCACCUCCUCCAAGUGUUCGUAUACCAAUUUUUGAGCAACUUUUGCCCCGUCUUUUGCAUUGUUGCUAUGGAACUACAUGGCAAGCACAAAUGGGAGGUGUUAUGGGUCUUGGUGCUUUAGUUGGCAAAGUCACUGUUGAGACUUUAUGCCUUUUUCAAGUAAGAAUUGUCCGUGGCCUGGUUUAUGUGCUUAAAAGGCUUCCUGUUUAUGCUAGCAAAGAACAGGAAGAGACAGGUCAGGUGCUCACUCAGGUUCUUCGUGUAGUUAACAAUGUUGAUGAAGCAAACAGUGAGCCUCGCAGACAAAGUUUUGAAGGAGCAGUUGACUUUCUUGCUUCUGAACUGUUUAAUCCAAAUGCAUCUAUAAUUGUGAGAAAGAAUGUGCAGUCAUGUUUGGCACUUCUAGCUAGUAGGACUGGCAGUGAGGUGUCUGAGCUGUUGGAGCCUUUGUAUCAACCACUCUUGCAGCCUCUGUUGAUUCGACCACUCCGGUCAAAGACUGUUGAUCAACAGGUUGGCACGGUGACUGCAUUGAAUUUUUGCUUGGCCUUGAGGCCCCCCCUUCUCAAGUUGACCCAGGAAUUAGUAAAUUUUCUUCAAGAAGCAUUGCAGAUAGCCGAGGCUGAUGAAACUGUAUGGGUUGUGAAGUUUAUGAACCCAAAGGUGGCUACAUCAUUAACCAAGCUUAAAACUGCUUGCAUUGAGCUCCUCUGUACAACAAUGGCCUGGACAGAUUUUAAAGCUCCCAAUCAUGCUGAGUUGCGUGCAAAGAUCAUUUCCAUGUUCUUUAAGUCUUUGACUUGUCGAACACUGGAAAUUGUUGCUGUUGGAAAAGAGGGUCUGCGACAGGUUAUUAAUCAGCAGAGGAUGCCUAAAGAUCUUCUGCAGAGCAGCCUAAGGCCUAUAUUGGUAAACUUGGCUCACACAAAGAACCUUAGCAUGCCUCUCUUGCAAGGUCUAGCUCGUUUGCUUGAAUUACUGUCCAAUUGGUUUAAUGUUGCCUUAGGCAGUAAGUUGUUGGAACACCUGAAGAAAUGGUUAGAGCCAGAGAAACUUGCACAGAGCCAGAAAGCAUGGAAAGCUGGUGAAGAACCGAAAAUUGCUGCAGCUAUUAUUGAGCUUUUCCAUUUACUUCCCAUGGCUGCAUCAAAGUUCCUUGAUGAACUUGUUACGUUAACCAUUGAAUUGGAAGGAGCUCUCUCUCCUGGACAAGUGUUCAGUGAAAUAAACAGUCCAUAUCGUCCUCCCCUUACCAAAUUUUUAAAUCGCUAUGCAACACUUGCAGUUGAUUAUUUUCUUGCUCGACUAAAUAGUCCGAAAUACUUCAGAAGGUUUAUGUAUGUUAUCCGGUCAGAUGCUGGCCAGCCGUUAAGAGAUGAACUUGCAAAGUCACCUCAGAAGAUACUUGCUAGUGCCUUUCCAGAAUUUGCUCCAAAGUCUGAUGCAGUGAUGACUCCCUCGUCGUCAACUCCACCUGCUUCAGUAGGUGAAGAAGGUCUUACUACACCCGCACCAGAAAGUUCUAUGUCCUCACCCUCUGCAGCAACUUCUGAUGCUUAUUUUCGGGGACUUGCACUUGUUAAAACUUUAGUUAAACUGAUACCUGGGUGGCUUCAAAACAAUCGUAUUGUGUUUGAUACCUUAGUACUUGUUUGGAAGUCCUCUGGUAGAAUAUCUCGUUUGCAGAAGGAACAAGAGCUGGACUUAGUUCAGGUAAAAGAAAGCAAAUGGCUGGUCAAAUGCUUCCUGAAUUAUCUACGACAUGAGAAAAAUGAAGUGAAUGUUCUUUUUGAUAUACUCUCCAUCUUCUUGUUUCAAAGUCGCAUUGAUUAUACCUUUUUGAAGGAGUUUUAUAUAAUUGAGGUUGCUGAAGGUUACCUUCCUAACCUGAAAAGAUCACUUCUUUUGCAUUUCUUAGAACUUUUCCAAUCGAAACAACUUGGUCAUGAUCAUUUGGUUAUCGUGAUGCAAAUGCUCAUUCUUCCAAUGCUUGCUCAUGCGUUCCAAAAUGGCCAAAGUUGGGAUGUUGUUGACCCAGUCAUUAUUAAAACAAUUGUCGACAAACUUCUUGAUCCUCCAGAAGAGGUUUCUGCUGAGUAUGAUGAGCCGUUAAGAAUAGAGCUUCUUCAACUUGCAACUUUGCUUCUCAAGUAUCUUCAGAAUGACCUUGUUCAUCAUAGAAAAGAACUUAUCAAAUUUGGCUGGAAUCAUCUCAAACGUGAAGAUAGUGCCAGUAAACAGUGGGCAUUUGUGAAUGUUUGCCACUUUUUAGAAGCCUAUCAGGCCCCAGAAAAGAUUAUACUUCAGGUUUUUGUAGCGCUUCUUAGAACUUGUCAGCCAGAGAACAAAAUGCUAGUCAAACAAGCCCUUGAUAUACUAAUGCCAGCACUUCCACGAAGGUUGCCUCUAGUUGGGGAUUCGCGUAUGCCAAUUUGGAUCCGAUAUACAAAAAAGAUUCUCGUUGAGGAAGGUCACUCAGUCCCUAAUUUGAUUCACAUUUUCCAGCUCAUUGUACGCCAUUCAGAUCUCUUCUACAGUUGCAGAGCCCAGUUUGUGCCUCAAAUGGUGAAUUCUCUUAGUAGACUUGGAUUGCCAUAUAACACGACAGCAGAAAACAGACGCCUAGCCAUUGAGCUUGCUGGUUUGGUGGUUGGCUGGGAAAGGCAAAGGCAAAAUGAGAUGAAAAUAGUGACAGAAAAUGAUGUACCCAACCAGAAUGCUGAUGGAUUUAAUCCAGGUCCUGUUAAUACCGAUUCUAAGCGUUCUGUAGAUGGGGCUAACUUCUCUGAAGAUACAUCCAAGCGUGUCAAAGUUGAGCCUGGUCUCCAGUCACUUUGUGUCAUGUCACCUGGAGGUGCAUCAUCAAUUCCUAAUAUAGAAACCCCUGGACUGGCUAGUCAACCUGAUGAAGAAUUCAAGCCCAAUGCUGCUAUGGAAGAAAUGAUUAUCAAUUUCCUUAUAAGGGUUGCCCUGGUUAUAGAGCCCAAGGACAGAGAAGCAACUGCUAUGUAUAAACAAGCUUUAGAAUUACUUUCACAAGCUUUGGAGGUUUGGCCAAAUGCCAAUGUUAAGUUCAAUUAUCUUGAGAAGUUGUUGAGCAGCAUUCAACAAUCUCAGUCCAAGGAUCCUUCUACUGCCCUUGCCCAGGGUUUGGAUGUCAUGAACAAGGUUCUAGAGAAGCAGCCACAUUUAUUCAUUAGAAAUAACAUUAGCCAGAUUUCCCAGAUACUUGAACCCUGUUUCAAGUAUAAAUUACUAGAUGCUGGAAAGUCGUUGUGCUCCCUGUUGAAGAUGGUUUUUGUAGCUUUUCCUUUAGAAGCACCUACCACACCUCCAGAUGUGAAGCUCUUAUAUCAGAAAGUUGAAGAAUUGAUACAAAAGCAUAUUAAUGCUGUCACGGCUCACCAAACAUCGAAUGAAGAAAGCACUUCUAGUCCAAUAAGCUUCAUUCUUCUUGUGAUAAAGACCUUGACGGAGGUACACAAGAACUUCACUGAUCCUUUUAUCUUGGUUCGUAUUCUUCAACGCCUUGCCAGAGAUAUGGGUUCAUCAUCAGGCUCUCAUUUGAGACAGGGUCAAACAAAAGAUCCGGACUCUGCAGUUAGUUCUUCACGCCAGGGUGCCGAUGCUGGAGCAGUGAUUUCCAAUCUAAAAUCUGUUUUGAAACUCAUUAGUGAAAGGGUUAUGAUUAUUCCAGAAUGCAAACGAUCCAUAACUCAGAUUUUGAAUGCAUUGCUCUCAGAGAAAGGUACCGAGGCUAGUGUGCUUCUUUGCAUACUUGAUGUUAUAAAAGGGUGGAUUGUAGAUGACUUCAAUAAGCCAGGACCAGUCAUGUCAAAUGCUUUUCUUACCCCAAAGGAAACCGUAUCUUUCUUUCAGAAGCUUUCACUAGUUGAUAAGCAAAACUUCUCCCAGACUGUUCUGGAAGAGUGGGAGAGGAAAUAUCUUGAGCUAAUUUACGGCAUUUGUUCAGAUGUAGAUAGAUAUUCCCUACAACUGCGUCAAGAAGUUUUCCAAAGGGUGGAGAGACAGUCCAUGCUUGGAUUGCGGGCAAGAGAUCCUGAAAUGAGGAUGAAGUUCUUCUUACUCUAUCAUGAAUCCCUUGGGAAAUCUUUGUUUUCAAGACUGCAGUACAUUAUUCAAGUUCAGGACUGGGAAGCUGUGAGUGAUAUUUUUUGGCUCAAACAGGGUCUUGAUCUUCUUUUAGCGAUCUUAGUUGAGGAUAAACCUAUCACAGUUGCUCCAAACACUGCAAGGCUACCGCCACUUGUGGUUUCAGGGCAUGUUCCAGAUUCUUCUGGGAUGCCACACCAGGCUACUGAUGUGUCUGAGGGUUCCGACGAUUCUCCUUUGACAUUUGAUACUCUCGUGCUAAAGCAUGCACAGUUUCUGAACGAAAUGAGUAAACUAAAGGUGGCCGACCUUCUCAAUCCAUUGAGGGAGCUGGCUCAUACUGAUGCAAAUGUUGCAUACCAUCUGUGGGUGCUUGUGUUUCCGAUUGUCUGGGUGACUUUGCAAAAGGAAGAGCAGGUUACACUAGCUAAACCAAUGAUUGCUCUCCUCUCAAAAGAUUAUCACAAGAAACAGCAAGCUAGUCGGCCUAAUGUUGUGCAAGCACUUUUAGAAGGGCUUCAACUGAGCCAUCCUCAACCUCGGAUGCCAAGUGAACUCAUUAAAUAUAUUGGGAAGACAUAUAAUGCGUGGCAUAUUGCAUUGGCCCUGCUAGAAAGCCAUGUCAUGCUAUUUCAGAAAGAAACAAAGUGCUCUGAAUCUCUGGCUGAGCUUUAUCGUUUGCUAAAUGAGGAAGAUAUGAGGUGUGGAUUAUGGAAGAAGAAGUCAGUUACUGCAGAAACCAGGGCUGGACUAUCAUUAGUUCAACAUGGUUAUUGGCAGCGUGCUCAAAGUUUAUUUUAUCAAGCCAUGGUUAAGGCAACUCAAGGGACAUAUAACAAUACAGUACCGAAGGCUGAGAUGUGUCUUUGGGAAGAACAAUGGCUUUACUGUGCUACACAACUAAGUCAGUGGGAUGCAUUGGUAGAUUUUGGCAAGAGUAUUGAGAAUUAUGAAAUACUUCUGGAUAGUUUAUGGAAGUUGCCUGAUUGGACUUAUAUGAAGGACCAUGUAAUUCCAAAGGCUCAAGUAGAAGAAACUCCAAAACUUCGACUUAUUCAAGCAUAUUUUGCACUGCAUGAUAGAAAUACGAAUGGUGUCGGGGAUGCUGAAAAUACAGUAGGAAAAGGUGUUGAACUUGCUUUGGAGCAGUGGUGGCAGUUACCAGAGAUGUCUGUUUAUUCCAGGAUCCCUCUCUUGCAGCAAUUCCAGCAACUUGUUGAGGUUCAAGAGUCUGCUAGAAUUCUUGUGGACAUUUCGAAUGGAAACAAACUCUCUGGAGGUUCUGUCGUUGGUGCACAUGGUAAUCUUUAUUCAGAUCUAAAAGACAUUCUCGAGACUUGGAGGUUGAGAACUCCAAAUAAAUGGGAUAAUAUGUCAGUUUGGUAUGAUUUGCUUCAAUGGAGGAAUGAAAUGUAUACAUCAGUCAUAGAUGCGUUCAAGGAUUUUAAUACCACAAACCCACAACUUCAUCACCUUGGCUUUCGUGACAAAGCCUGGAAUGUUAACAAGCUUGCUCAUAUUGCUCGUAAGCAAGGCCUUUGCGAUGUAUGCGUGACAAUACUUGACAAGAUGUAUGGUCAUGCAACUAUGGAAGUGCAGGAAGCGUUUACUAAGAUAAGAGAGCAGGCACAAGCUUAUCUAGAAAUGAAGGGAGAGCUUACCAGUGGUUUUAAUCUGAUCAACAACACUAAUCUUGAGUAUUUUUCUGUGAAACACAAAGCAGAAAUAUAUCGCUUAAGAGGGGAUUUCCUGUUAAAGCUAAAUGACUCCGAAGGUGCCAAUCUUGCGUACUCCAAUGCGAUAACCCUAUUUAAAAAUUUGCCAAAAGGAUGGAUAAGCUGGGGAAAUUAUUGUGACAUGGCUUACAAAGAAACUCAUGAAGAGAUUUGGCUGGAGUAUGCUGUCAGCUGCUUUCUUCAAGGCAUUAAAUUUGGCAUUUCUAACUCAAGAAGCCAUCUUGCUCGUGUUCUGUAUCUUCUUAGCUUUGAUACGCCCAAUGAACCUGUGGGAAGGGCUUUCGACAAGCAUUUAGAGCAAAUUCCCCAUUGGGUUUGGCUUUCAUGGAUUCCUCAACUCCUACUUUCUUUGCAGAGAUCAGAAGCUCCUCAUUGCAAACUUGUACUACUAAAAGUUGCAACUGUUUAUCCUCAGGCCCUGUAUUAUUGGCUGCGCACAUAUUUGCUGGAACGGCGUGAUGUUGCAAGUAAAUCUGAGGCAAAUAGAAUGGCUUUGGCACAACAAAGAAUGCAGCAAAGUGUUUCUGGUAACAUUGGUAUAGUUGGUGAUGGAAAUGCUAGAGUACAAGGUCAUGCUGGGGGUUCUUUAUCCUCAGAGAACCAAGGACACCAAGCAACUCAAUCCAGUGGUGGCAUUGGCUCUCAUGAUGGUGGAAAUGCUCAUGGGCAGGAAUCUGAGAGGUCCACUGGGGCUGAUGGUGGCAUGCAUUCAGGAAAUGACCAGCAUAUGCAGCAAAGUUCUUCAAGCAUCAAUGAUGGUGGUCAGAAUGCAUUACGGCGUAAUGGUCCUUUGGGUUUUGUGCCUUCUGCUGCUAGUGCUUUUGAUGCUGCAAAAGAUAUAAUGGAGGCUCUUAGAAGCAAGCACGCAAAUUUGGCCAGUGAACUUGAGGCUCUGCUAACUGAAAUUGGAUCGAGGUUUGUCACUCUGCCAGAGGAGAGACUCCUUGCUGUGGUAAAUGCACUGCUUCACCGCUGCUACAAGUAUCCAACUGCCACCACGGCUGAGGUUCCCCAGUCUCUUAAGAAGGAGUUAUCUGGUGUGUGCAGAGCUUGCUUCUCUGCUGAUGCUGUUAAUAAACAUGUUGAAUUCGUGAGGGAGUACAAGCAAGAAUUCGAACGUGAUCUUGAUCCAGAAAGCACCUCCACCUUUCCUGCCACCCUCUCUGAACUGACUGAGAGACUGAAACAUUGGAAAAAUGUUCUUCAGAGCAAUGUUGAGGACAGGUUCCCAGCUGUGUUGAAGCUGGAAGAAGAAAGUAAGGUGUUGCGAGACUUCCAUGUAGUUGAUGUGGAAGUUCCAGGACAGUACUUUAGUGAUCAGGAAAUUGCACCAGACCACACUGUGAAGUUAGAUAGGGUUGGAGCUGACAUUCCAAUUGUGCGUAGACAUGGAAGUAGUUUCCGUCGUUUGACUCUAAUUGGCUCCGAUGGCUCUCAGCGUCAUUUUAUUGUCCAGACAUCUUUGACCCCCAAUGCUAGAAGUGAUGAACGCAUAUUGCAGCUCUUCCGAGUAUUGAACCAAAUGUUUGAUAAGCACAAAGAAUCAAGACGCCGCCACAUCUCUAUUCACACCCCAAUCAUUAUUCCUGUUUGGUCACAGGUGCGCAUGGUGGAAGAUGAUUUAAUGUACAGUACCUUCCUCGAGGUGUACGAGAACAAUUGUGCAAGAAAUGACAAAGAGGCAGAUCAUCCUAUUACCUAUUUCAAGGAGCAACUGAAUCAGGCUAUAUCUGUUCAAAUUUCCUCAGAGGCUAUUGUAGAUCUUCGGGUUCAAGCUUAUAGCGACAUAACGAGAAAUCUUGUAAGCGAUGGGAUCUUCUCUCAAUAUAUGUACAAGACUCUCUUAAAUGGCAACCACAUGUGGGCUUUUAAAAAGCAAUUUGCCAUCCAGUUGGCACUCUCAAGUUUCAUGUCUUACAUGUUGCAAAUCGGGGGAAGAUCACCGAACAAGAUUUUAUUUGCAAAGAACACCGGGAAGAUAUUCCAAACAGAUUUUCAUCCUGCAUAUGAUGCAAACGGAAUGAUAGAGUUUAACGAACCAGUGCCUUUCCGUCUCACAAGGAAUCUGCAACAUUUUUUCUCCCACUUUGGAGUCGAGGGCCUCAUUGUGUCGGCAAUGUGUGCGGCAUCCCAGGCUGUUGUUUCACCUAAACAAAGUCAGCACCUCUGGCAUCAGUUAGCCAUGUUCUUCCGAGAUGAAUUGCUGUCUUGGUCAUGGAGAAGACCCCUCGGAAUGCCUAUUGCUCCUCUGGUCGGAGGGAGCAGUAGUAUGAACCCCAUGGACUUCAAGCAAAAAGUGACUACAAAUGUUGACAACGUCAUAAACCGGAUCAGCGGUAUAGCUCCACAGUAUUUCUCCGAAGAGGAGGAGAAUACUGUAGACCCACCGCAGUCGGUGCAGAGAGGAGUGACCGAGUUGGUUGAAGCUGCCUUGACCCCAAGAAACCUUUGCAUGAUGGAUCCGACAUGGCAUCCUUGGUUUUGAGUAGUUCAAUCAUAACUUUGUAGAGUUAUUAAUUAACCUUAAUGGUUUCAGUUAUUAGCUUCUGUUAAUAUACCUCUUCUUGUAAAUAUUAAUCAAGCUGUGUACAUAUGACCAUUAACAUUUCAGGUUUAACUUUCUAAGUAGAGUUCGAAUGGUUCAUAUUAUUAAUCUUACUUUUAUCAUGAAGGUUGUAAGAAAUCGUAUAUAUUAAUUGGAUUAUUAUAGUUAUUAUGA